AAAGCCCCCAUCCUAGGCCGGCAUGUCUCUGCAGAGGAUUGUGCGGGUGUCGCUUGAACACCCUACCAGCGCCGUGUGUGUGGCAGGUGUUGAGACCAUCGUGGACAUCUAUGGGGCGGUUCCUGAGGGCACAGCCAUGUUUGAGGUCUACGGGACACCUGGCGUGGACAUCUACGUGUCUCCCAGCAUGACAAGGGGCCGAGAAAGAGCCGAAACCAGGCGGUGGUGCUUCAACGAGGGGCUGGAGAUCAUCGUGGUCAUGAACUCCCCUAGCAAUCACCUCAAUGACAGUCAUGUUCAGAUAGCCUACCACUCCAGCCGUGAGCAGUUGCCCCUGGCCUAUGCGGUACUCUACCUCACCUGUGUGGACAUCACCCUGGACUGUGACAUGAAUUGUGACGGCCGGCAGGACAGGAGCUUCGUGGAUAAGAGGCAAUGGGUGUGGGGGCCUGAUGGGUACGGAGCCAUCUUGCUGGUGAACUGUGAUCGGGAUGAUGUGGGCUGUAAUGCCCAAGAUAACUGUGAUCAACAUGUGAACUGCCUGCAAGAUCUGGAAGACAUGUCCCUCAUGGUGCUACGGACCCAGGGACCUGAGGCCCUCUUUGACGACCACAAACUUAUCCUCCACACCUCCGGCUGUGAUGCGGAGCGGUCACGGGUCUUCCACAUGUGUGGUCCCGAGGAUUCCUGCGAGUCCUAUAGGUGUGUUCUGGGCCCGAACCAGGUGUCCUACGAGGUACCCCGCCUCAACGGUGAUGAGGAGCGCUUCUUUGUGGAGGGCCUCUCCUUCCCUGAUGCGGGCUUCCCGGGGCUCAUCUCCUUCCAUGUCACCCUGCUGGAUGACUCCAAUGAGGACUUCUCCGAGACCCCAAUCUUCACCGAUACUGUGGUGUUCCGGGUGGCGCCCUGGAUCAUGACACCCAGCACCCUGCCGCCCCUGGAGGUGUACGUGUGCCGGGUGAGAAAUAACACGUGCUUCGUGGAAGCCGUGGAGGAGUUGGCCAGGAAGGCAGGCUGCAAACUCACCAUCUGUCCGCAGGCGGAGAAUCGGAAUGACCGCUGGAUCCAGGAUGAGAUGGAGCUGGGCUACGUGCAGGCGCCGCACAAGACUUUGCCCGUGGUCUUUGAUUCCCCGAGGAAUGGGGAGCUGCAGGAUUUUCCUUACAAAAGAAUCCUGGGUCUAGAUUUCGGCUAUGUGACUCGGGAACCGCGAGACAACUCCGUGAGUGGCCUGGACUCCUUUGGCAACCUGGAGGUCAGCCCGCCCGUGGUGGCCAAUGGGAAGGAGUACCCCUUGGGGAGGAUCCUCAUUGGGGGCAACCUGCCUGGGUCGAGAGGCCGCAGAGUCACCCAGGUAGUGCGAAACUUCCUCCAUGCCCAGAAGGUGCAACCUCUGGUGGAGCUCUUUGUGGACUGGCUGGCUGUGGGCCAUGUGGAUGAGUUUCUGAGCUUUGUCCCUGCCCCAGACAGGAAGGGCUUCCGGCUCCUCCUGGCCAGCCCCGCUGCCUGCUUCAGGCUGUUCCAGGAAAAACAGAAGUGGGGCCAUGGCAGGUCCCUCCUUUUUGAGGGGGUCAUUGGCGACAGGCGGGUCAAGACCAUCUCCAUCAAUCAGGUGCUUUCCAACCAGAACCUUAUCAACUUUAAUAAGUUUGCACAGAGCUGUAUUGACUGGAACCGCGAGGUGCUGAAGAGGGAGCUGGGCCUCUCUGACUGCGACAUCAUUGAUAUCCCACAGCUCUUCAAGACAGAGAGAAGGAAGGCUGUGGCUUUCUUCCCCGACUUGGUGAACAUGCUGGUGCUGGGCAAGCACCUGGGCAUCCCCAAGCCCUUCGGGCCCAUCAUCAAUGGCCGCUGCUGCCUAGAGGAGAAGGUGCGCUCCCUGCUGGAGCCGCUGGGCCUCCACUGCACCUUCAUCGAUGACUUCACGCCGUACCACAUGCUGCACGGGGAGGUUCACUGUGGCACCAAUGUGCGCCGGGAGCCCUUCGCCUUCAAGUGGUGGCACAUGGUGCCCUGAGCCACUGCCCAUUCUCCAUCCUUCCCCUGGGAUGGGGCAUCCGCCCAGGCCGUGGAGACUGAGACAGACCCCUGAGCAACAAGCACCAAGAGACUCUCAGUUUCUAGAACGGAAUGCCCAGGGUGCCCCAUUCCCCUCAGAAGCCUUUCCUCUUGAAGCGCCUGCAUUUAUCUGCAGCCCGUUCAGUUCCCAGGCAUGAGUCCUCUUGGUGCUCCCCAAAGAAAGGCCUUGUAUUAAUGGACUCUCAUGUAGACCAACAUGACCAUGGGACGCUCCUAAGUACCAUUUACACACAGCCCCAAACUUCUCUGUGGGUAAAUCCACUUGAGAGUCUGGAAGGAUGGGUACAUUAUCUCAUCAGCCACUCGGCUUGUGCUUCCUAUGAUGGAAGGCCCCGGGGAUUUUGUUCCGGCUGAUAGCCUCCACCCUAUAAGGGAUGGUUGUGAAAUCAGACUAUUCCACAUAAGCAAGAGAGAAUCUACCCACCCCACCCCCUAGGAAGUACCUAGGGGUCCAUUUAGGGUCAAAGUGUAACCAUUAUUCCCACUGCAAGUUCCUGGCCAGGACCCGCCUCUGUCCCACCCAGCUUGAGCUGUCACAGUGGGUGCCUCUGUGAGCCUGUUGUCACACAGCGGGUGCCUGUAGAUGCUUUGGGAAUGGCAGGUAUCACUUUUUAGCUUAACACGCUCCCAUCAUUCGACGUUUGAGAACCUGGCUGUCCAGAUCCUCUGGGAGGUGAAGUGAUUGGAGGGCUAUUGAAGCUUAGGAAGACUGGCUUCUAGGUGAAGAACAUCUUUCCUAAGACACAGAUUGACUGUGAGGGGGAUGGUCAACUGGCCUGGGGGCUCUGUGCAGGAGAAGAGAUCACUGACACCUUCUACCCAUACCCCCAUCCUGCAGGAGAGCCUGAGGGAGCUCCACCCCAGAGGCCACCAAGGCAGGACUCAUUGGGACAGCUGAAC